CUCAAUUCUCCUUGGGGACGAAAAUGAGGGAAUCAAUACUUACAAGGCUUGUGUAUACGAGCAUUAUCUAUGGCGGUAUUGCUUUCAGUGCAGAUGCCCAGCGCCCACGAGGUGUUGGACCUGAAUUUGCCAAAUUCUACAAAACGACUGAUACAUUCGCUUGUAUCUCGAAUCCAUCGAUAAUUCUUCCGAUCGCCUCCUUGAACGACGACUACUGCGAUUGUCCAGACGGCUCAGACGAGCCAGGUACUUCCGCUUGUGCUCAUAUUUCACCCCUAUCACCACCUAGCCCUGUCGACAAUACCCUCAAUAACAAACUCGCCCUUCCUGGCUUCUACUGCAAGAACAAAGGCCACAAUCCGGGGUACGUCCCGUUCACGGCCGUCAACGAUGGUGUCUGCGAUUACGACCUCUGCUGCAAUGGCUCCGAUGAAUGGCAAGGGGUAGGCGGUAUCAAAUGCGAAGACAAGUGUAAAGAGAUUGGAAAGGAGUGGCGGAAACAUGAUGAGGAGCGAAAGCGGGCCUUGGGCGCGGCAAGUAAGCGGAGGGCAGAGUUGGUGAAGGAAGCAGGGCGUCUGAGAAAGGAGAUGGAAGACCGGCUCCAGUCUCUACAAACGGAGAUUCAGGGUUCGGAGAUCAAAGUACACAACCUUGAAAAGGAGGUGGCAGAAGUCGAAAGAGCCGAGAAAGGCAAGCUGGUCAAAGGACCUGCCGGUGGUGGAAAAUUGAGUGUUUUGGGUGGCCUAGCGAAGCAAAGAAUCGAGGAGCUUCUAAAAAACGUGGACAGGGUCAAGAACGAGCGAGAUGAUGCUAGGAGACGUUUGGCCGGACUUGAGGAGCUGUUGACGAGCUUCAAGGAGGAAUACAAUCCCAACUUCAACGAUGAGGGCGUGAAGCGAGCAGUCAGAGCAUGGGAGGAUUACAUUGCACAAGGAAAAGCCCCUGAUCUGAACAAUGCCUUGGAACAAGAUUUGGAGCAGAUCAUGAAGCCAGAUGCCGAGAACGGUCUUAACUGGGAAGAAUUCCAGGAUGCAGACGAGAGCGACGUCGAAGUCUUGUACAAUUUCGAACAGUACCUUCCUAAGCCACUCCGCGAGUGGCUCAACCAGAAACUUCGCGACCUUAGGGUGUUCCUCAUCGAAAACGGCAUCCUUGCAAACCCACAUAGUGACGCCUCGGAAUCUGCUGCCGUUACCAAAGCCAAGCAAAGUCUUGAAGCCGCGAAGUCCGCCCUCCGCAGGGAGCAGGACGAACUCAAGUCCCACCAAGACGACUUGGCCAAAGAGUACGGCCUCGAUGACAUUUUCCGCGCCCUGAAAGGGCAAUGCAUCUCUACCGACUCCGGCGAAUACACCUACGAGCUCUGCUGGCUUGACCGCACGACGCAAAAGCCCAAGAAAGGCGGCGCGAACGUCGGAAUGGGCAACUUUGUCCGGGUCGAUACCGUCAUGGUGGACGAGGAGCUGCCGCCCAAUGGAAAGGGGCUGGGGUCCGGUGAGCGGAUUGCGUUGCGAUAUGAGAAUGGGCAGUUCUGCUGGAAUGGUCCGAACCGGAGCACACUGGUCGUCCUGGCAUGUGCAGAGAAAGACGAGGUGUGGAAGAUCACCGAGGAGGAAAAAUGCGUGUAUAGGAUGGAGGUUGGGACGCCUGCGGCCUGUCAGCCACAGGGAACGGCGAAAGGGGUGCGUGAGAAGGAUGAGUUGUAGACUUUUACUAUCAGCCACGAUAAGUCUCGUUUCAACGGGGGAUUUGGAUGCGGUUUGUCAAUUGUGAUCGAGGCGGCUGGCGUGUCGGUUAUGGGAUAGAUGUGAAUGUAUCGUGUAGCAUGGCCAACAUUGCCGGUUCAUAAGAAGCAUAAAGCGUCGUUUCCUU